AUGAGUGGUUUGACUUUUUUUCCUUUCGGGAGUGGCGAAAUGAUGGCGGCGAAAGAGGGCUAUGGCGCUUCAUCAGAUGCAGCCGGUAGCUCCAAGCCAAGCAUCCGAAGCUUUGGCGCAUACAAGAGGUUUUGGGAAAAGAAAACCGGGACAUCUCCCAACAAAGACGAUGUUUCUCCACCGUCCAAGGGAGGAGGUGUAACUCAGUCUGAAUACAAGCCGGUCUUCCAUCCUAGGAAGCUGCCGGUAGGAUCUACCAGACCAACUGCUGCUGAAGGCAGCGGGCAAGUGAAGCAAGUUGAUUUCGCUUCUACGGUCAGAAAGGAAAGACCUCCACAGACGGUUUCAACUUACGGCGCAAACUUCAACACUCCCCGAAUCAACAAGCUGAAAGAAUACCUCAGGAAGUUAAAACUUGACAGGUAUCUUGGCGCCAUGAACAGGAAGCUGGGGGUUGGCCUGAUCUCUGACCUCUUGCUCAUCACCGAGGAGGAUGUCAACUCUCUUGGUAUGCGGCCGAUAGAAGCUCGGAGGUUCCUGUUGGAGCUGGAGCACCUCAGGACCGUGGACGCGUCCUGUAUCGACGGCAGCCGAACCCCCCCUCUACGUCCGAGCUCUGAGAUGUCAUUUACAUCGGACGCCGAGCAGCGAGAGAUGGGGUCCGUAGACUGGCAGCUGUUGAAGUUUGAGACUUCUCCCAUUGCUUCGAAACCAGCGCAUACCAGCAUCGAGCUCUCCCCAACACAGCUGCUGACGUUGGCAAACCAGAAGAUGGUGGCGGAGGCCAAGCAGAAGGAACUAGAGAGGCAGGAGGCGUUGCGGCACAGGAACGCUGUGAAUGCCAGGCAAAGUCAGGUCUACUUGGAGCACCUGGUCAUGAACGCUUGCGUGAGUCAAUCCCCUGGCAACGUUUCUUCGUCCUCCUUGGAUAAUUCAAUCACUCACAGCGGGAAAACUAACAACUUCGCUGAAGUCAAACAGCUCGGCCGCAGUCAGGAAUUUGUUCGUCUUGCGGCGGCUAAACCCGUCGAGGCACAAGCACCACGCGAGCAAGAGCAAGAAUCUGACGCAAAUGUCUCUGUCGCUCACGGCAACGAAUGGUUCGGUCUGCCUUCAACGCCCAGCCAGCCGCACAAGCCCGAAAUGCCUGACAUGCAGAGGUCCACGCACAUGAACAAGGAGGGCAUCGCGGCAGGUCGAGGAGAUGCGUCAGUGGAUGGGGAGAGGAGGCAGGUGAAGCAGCUCCUCAAGAGUCAAGAGCCAGCCAUGAACGGUUCGACACCAUUCCAACCUGAAGAGAACGAUGAGCACGAAAUAGAGACGGUUGAAGAUGUUUCGACAGAAACAUCUCAGCGAGAUCAAGUUUCGACUCGGAAAAGUUCUAAGACGUUGGUAAAAGAGACUCCCAGGACGGAGAACUCUGGCAGCAUGGAAAACUUCAAAGCACAUGCGGUCUCAGACCAUCCCUGCGGUGCUUCGAGCGUCAAGUUCAACCCUGUGACCGGAAUGAAUGCCGGGAGCUUGCAGGAUAGAGAGAACAUCGACAAGAGCAGACUUCGGCUCCACCUCCUCUCCCAGCUCCACACUCCCAACCUCAUCUCCCGCCGCAACGCCAUCGAGGCGAUUGCCUCGCUCGUCAAUGCACAGGACAAGGUCCUGGUUGCCGAACUUCUCCUCUCCCUCAACGACAAUCACGUUGAGAUCCGAAAGGCUACGAUCGACGCGCUUAUCCCAGCAGCCAACCAAGGGCACUUGGAAGCGUACGCGGGGAUCCAGAGCUCUCUGGACGACAAGGAGGCUGAUGUCCGCCUGCAUGCCAUCAAGGCGCUGAUUCAGGUGGACUGGACGCAAGAAGGGACGCCGAAGGCUCUGAUGAACAGGCUGAGCGACCCUGAUCGCUAUGAGCAGGAGAAGGAGAAAGAGAAGGAGAGGAAUUUUUACGCUGCUUCAUUCAAGGUUCGAGCCAAGGCCAAGGAUCUGCUAGUCAAGUAUGCUACGGCUGGGAACGCAGAAGCUGCCUCCAUCCUCCUCUGCUCGGGGUUUCAGCCAUCUCCUGCUGUCUGGAAGGAGCAAAACGAGCAGAGCUCUCGUCCUGGGAGAGAGUCUGUGGCCUUCCUCUGCUAG